CGGUCAGCCGUGUUAGACGCAACCCUUAGAUACAAGAAUAGUGCCUCGCCCCCGUCUGGAAAUGCCUUUGUUUGUCCUGCAAUUACCUACUCGGACACCAAAGAUAGCAAACAGUCGCCGACUUGACAAAGAAUAGCAAGCGUCACUACCAACACUCAACCUCGAAGGCUUGUUAACCGAACUUUGAAAAAAUAAAGUCAUUGUUACCUCGCCAAGCUACUGUCUGCUGCCUGAAAGCCUAGCCUGGACCCAUUUUCUAUCAUCGCUGCAGUCUCAAGUACCCAUUCGCUGCUGCCCCUCCCUUGCCGAAAACGGGUCAUUCCAUUAAAGCAGCCCAAACGCCAACACCCCUGCAAAUUGCAUUUCGAGCUGGCGCCUUCUUUGACUCAUCAUAGAAGUUGCAUAAUCUGCCCCAGAAAAAUACCCUACCAUACUAAAGCACAUUUACUGCCACUACUUGAUUAAAAAGUCCUUUGCUGCCCGAGGCAUCUGACAAUGGUUUCCACAACAAUUCAAACAACUUUACCAACCUCACAACCACAACCGUCCAGCGCCAGGCCAGCAUCUCCUCUACUUGCAUCCCCAUUCAGGAGAAAGACCAUGAGCAUCACACAAACAUACUACCUGGCCCACAAGGCCCGGGCCAAGCUCUCCUCCGAGGCCCAGCGCCCCGACCACAACCUCCGAAAACUCGUCGGCAGCGCUAACCUGCUCGACGCCCUCAUGAUGGAGCUUGCCGACGCUGAGCGUGAACAGGAGUCGUGGUUCAACCAGUCUGUCCGUGCCAGCACAACGCCCAAGAACGCAGAGAGGAGGGUGCAAUGGGCAGACACCGUCGUCGAGGAGCCUGAGGAUGACUGGGAGGCCGACGACGCAGCAUCAGACUCUUCUGACGAUGAGAGCGAAUUCGACGACGACGAGGAUGUUGAGAUGGCAGACAUUGUUUCCCUGACCAGGGUACCUUCUGCUGCCACUAAGACUGCCGCUUCAAUGGCCGCACAAGACAGUGAAUACUUUGAUGACGAUGAGGACUACGAGCACCUGUCCCUGACCAGGUCGCCAUCGCACUCGGCCUCACCACCACCCCCGCCUGACUUGGACGAGGACGACUCUGACAUAUCAGAGGACGAGUCGAUGCCGCCGUCACCGGAAACUUCCGCCCUGCCUGCAUUCAACGAGAAGGAGGCCAAGCAACAACAAGAAACACAAUCACCACCGACAUCACCAACAGGACAAGGGUUCUACAGCGAGGGGUACUACAUCCCACCGAGGAAUCCUGCCGGCUUGAUCUCAGCAAUAUCGGUCUACUAAGAGUGCAUCUCGAUGAGACACCUUAUUCUUGUUUUAUUUUUCCAGGCACGGCGUUAAAAAAAUAUUAUUUGAUAUCGGAUAUCAGCGAUGGACUCCUGCUUUUUGCAAUACCCAACCCGGUUUUUUGUUUUUGUUAUACGCGAUCCUCUUUUUGGAUCUGCUGGGACACACUCUCCACUACCAGAAGCAUGCAAGCUUAUUUCUUCUUAUUGUGCUUACUCUCGAUUGCAAGGCAUGUGCAACGAAGGGGGAAUUGGAUCAUGCAUGGGACCUAUACAUGGGUCAUUAUGACGAUAGUGCAGACAGACUCUCGCAGCGUGAGUAGCUGCCGAUAGUCCAAUGCAGAGAAAUUAUGUAAAUCAAUAAUAACAAAAGAUUCAUUCAUGACAA